AACUUUAAAUCCAUAAAAACCAAAACCAACCGACGUGGCGGCAGUUCUCUCUUUCAAGAGAAAAACAAAACGCAUUUUGGAACAAAUUGUCUGACAGACAGAAAACACAACAAGGAAUGGCCUCUGCUAACACUUCCUGGUCUGAGGAGGACUUUUCAUGUUCCAUCUGUCUGGAUGUGUUCAGCAGCCCAGUUACCACACCAUGUGGACACAACUUCUGCAGAACCUGUAUUACAAAGUUCUGGGAUGAACAAGUCAAGUACAAAUGUCCUGUUUGCAACAAGAUUUUCGACACAAAACCUGAUCCACAGGUCAAUACCCUCUUAUCAGAGCUGGCUGCUCAGUUUAGAACAACCGUACGAGUUAAAGAGCAGCCUUGUGUUGAACCAGCAGAAGUUCCCUGUGACGUCUGUACUGGGACCCAGCAGAAGGCUGUGAAGUCCUGCCUAGUGUGUUUUAUGUCUUUCUGCCAAACCCACCUGGAGCCACAUCAGAGAGUCGCAGUCCUGAAGAAACAUCGGCUGGUCGAGCCUAUGGACCGUCUGGAAGACAGGAUGUGUAAGAAACACGACCGACUUCUGGAGCUCUUCUGCCAGACUGAAGAGGUGUGUGUGUGUCUGUUGUGCACAGAGACAGACCACAAGUCCCAUCCUGUUGUACCUCUGAAGGAGGAAUAUGAAGUGAAGACGGCCCAACUGGGGAAGAUAGAGGCUGACGUUCCACAGAUGAUCCAGGAGAGGAAACAAAAGAUUAAGGAGAUCAAAGACAGAGUAGAACUGAGUAACAAAGUUGCAGACAGAGAGAUAGCCAUUGGUAGGCAGGUCUUCACUGCUCUGAUAGGCUGUGUUGAAAAGUGCCGGGAUGAAUUCAACCAAACGGUUCAAGAGGAACUGAAAUCCACAGAGAAACAAGCUGAAGACCUCAUCAAAGAGCUGGAGCAGGAAAUAGAAGAUCUGACCAAUAGAUGCUUGGAGGUGAAGCAGCUCUCACACACUAAAGACCACCUCCACUUCCUCCAGACCUUCAGAUCCCUGAAGGAUCCUCCACCCACCAGGGACUGGACCACGGUGGAGGUCCGUCCUCCGUCAUACGUAGGGACCUUGAGGAGAUCCCUGGAUCAGCUGGAGGAGACACUGAACAUGGAUAUGAAGAAGCUGAGUGAUGAUGCUGUACUGAAGAGGGUCCAGCAGUAUGAAGUAGAUGUGACUCUGGAUCCUGAUACAGCUCAUCCCAAGCUCAUCCUGUCUGAGGAAGGGAAACAAGUACAUUGUGGAGGCGUAGCGAAGGUACUCCCAGACAACCCUAAGAGAUUUACAAAGUCUACAUUGGUUCUCACAAGGCAGAGCUUCUCCUCAGGGAGAUUUUACUUUGAGGUACAGGUUAAAGACAAGACUGCAUGGUGGUUAGGAGUGGUCAGAGAGUCCAUCGACAGAAAAGGUGAGACCACAUGGACCCCUGAGACGGGUUACUGGACUCUUUUCUACUACAAGGAUAGCUUUGUAUUUAUAGAUAACCCUCCUCUCUGUCUCCCUCUGAGAGCUGGGCUCCAGAAGGUGGGGGUGUUUGUUGAUUAUGAUGAGGGUGUGGUCUCCUUCUUUGAUGUGGAAGCCAGGGUUCAUAUCUACUCUGCUACUGGCUGCACCUUCAGUGAGCCUCUCUAUCCAUUCCUCUACCCAGGUCCCCGUUGUUAUGAAGGUAACAACUCUGCCCCCCUGAUCAUCUCACCUGUCAAUCAAACAGACUAGGACCU